AUGAGACCUAUUGGCGCAGUGUUUUGUGAUUUUGGAGAUCCACAUGGAUUACUUAUCAGCAAUGCUGUUGCCAGGUGUUACAUGGAUAUCGACAAGUUUGAGUCCGUAAUUUUGAUCUGCCCUCGCCGAAUCAACGACACCGAUUACGUCUUACACCCUCAACCAACAUCGUAUGAGAGUGCCCAUCUCAGCGCAUACGUGAGUGAUGAAGGUACGUUUCGUUCCGUUGCUUUUUCGGAUGUGAUAAGAACUGAAUACACGGGUAAUAUCGUACGGUUGGAAUCCAAAGAGUCGCAAACAGAAUUGCAUUUAUAUUUUCCAAUUCAAGAACCGUUCGUCAUAACCGAACGCCGUUUGAUCUUCCUCUGUGUUCCGCAAAAAUUGGUUCUGAGUGAUACACUGCAACAUCACGUCGACCGCAUCAAUAAUAGCACACGUUUCAUGGAAAAGUUUCCUUGGACUCCAGCCACGCCAUUGACGAAGGAAAUAUCAGAAACAGGAAAAGGAAUAGGUAUACUUUUUUUGUACAGGGGGCAUAUGCAUCUACCGCUGCAAGGCUGUGGUAGCCGCCCCUCGCCACUAUUUGCAGCGGAUGAUGUUACUGUCGACCCAGACACUGGCACGCGUUCGUGUGCGGCUGAUCCCAUGUCAAAAUCACCUAUCGGAUUCUUAUGUGAGGGACGAAUUGAACCUGAAGAUUGUAUGAGAUUCGUUCUGGAUAAGAAUGGCAGCGUUGUUGCAACUCCCGAACCGCAUUCUUAUCGGAAUUUCGAUAACCAUCUACCUUGGGUGGUAAUACGAUAUUUUGAUGAAUUAGCAUUGCCACCCAUAGAUGGCGAAUGCAGGUGCGUGGAUCCCGAAACAAGUCAGGUAAAGGCCAGGAUUGAGAUCCGCUCUAAAACUGAGUACAUCUGUGACAUUACUAGCAAGAUAUUCCGCAACAAAGUCCGCCCCAUCCGUGGUCCUUGGUGUUCGGUGGUACUUCAUCCAGGCAGCACAUUGACCAUAAAAGUGCCGAUACAGAAUGUUUAUCCUCAGUCUUCCGACGGGGUUUCUCCUACCGUCCCGUUCUCGCAACUGCUGUCCAUCUAUGAAUAUGAAACUGAACUCCUACCGAAGAACUUGACUAAGCUGAGGCAACUGAAAUCAAUUCAUGACAUUGAUCUUUACGACGAAGUAUUGUACCACAAAACCAUUGCUGGCGAUGCUCUCGAGUUGGAUGUUUCACAAAUGUAUCGUGGGGAGAUAAAACUGAAGUACCAUUUGGACAAACCGCUUGCGUUACGUAAAGGAACCAACUCGUUCUUUUAUCACUGGACUCUGAUAUCUAGGAACGAGAACGUUCCCGAUAAGAUAAGGGCCACCAUCAACGUGUCCUUUGCCUUUAACCAUGAGUACACGAAGGUUGGUUGUGAUAGGGGCAAAAGGCGUGCAUUUAAUCAAUACUUGAGCAAUAAUUAUUGCACAACUAAGCGGAUGGGAAAUGGUGUAGGGGAUACCUACGAGUGCAGAUUGCAUCUUUGGAGGGACGCUUGGAAGGCCGGUAUUUAUUGCAGGUCCGAUGAGGAGCUGUUACCGAGCAACUGCAAGUCUACAGUAUACGAUCUAUACUCCAAUCACACUAUAUCGUUUCCUGUGUCUGUACGAAGUGUUACGCCUUACCCUAUUAGAGGAUUCCAGGUGUUUGACUUUGACUUUAGGCACGACAUCCCUGUCAGUUACGCCUGCAUCUGUGUUGAUAGCCGUGGCUACGAGACUUCGAGGCUUAUUCUAGGGCAUACCCAUACAGAAACUUAUAUCUACAAAGUGCGCCGUGAAGGGGCGUCUAACACGUUGCUUUCCUACAUCUCGUUGACUUGGCACAAGGUUGUACUAUUGCUUGAAGGACCCACAUCAACGCAUUUGAUUACACUGAAGAAUACGUACAAAAAAUCUGUUAAACUAGAUGUGGGUGCAAGGUUGUCCAUGACCUGUGAACUUGGUCCCGAGCUCCAAAAUGUUGGUAAUAAUGGAGCAAUGAAAACCACGUGGCUGCCAAAGGAACCUGAUGAAUUUCAUUACAUUGUUGCCCGUACAUCACACGGGCGUGAACUUAUUAGAACGCCAUGGAAAGAUACCAUUGCUGCUACGCCUGCGGGAUUGGAAGUCGUUCACCGUAAUGACAGAGACUUACCAGAAUAUGAGGAAUUGACGAUCACAUCGCAUAGAGGCGCCAUUCUUAUAUCUAAAGAUCCGCUUCACAAGAAAUAUGUGCCCAUUAGGUACGUCUGCGGUAAGACGCCCGAGGCAUCGGAGCUGUCCACUGUCACUGGUAACGCAUCUACCAUGCCCAUUCGCCGAACUACCGAAUCAUCGUCACGAUACAGUUGGAAUAUCGUUAAGGUCAAAGUCGAGACGACGGACCCGUAUAUGCAAGGCUGCGGCGUUACGUACGCAUCGGACGAGUUGUUCAAGCCGGAGACGCCCCAACUCUACGACGCUAACGGGCAGCCGCAGUUCGGUUGCAAGAUCGAUCUUCACGUUGCGAGCGAGGCGGCGUUCUACUGCCCAGCACCGUACCUCCUGGACCCACCCAAUUGCCACAACCAUGUUUACGUCGGCGGUAUAGUGAAGAACACUCGUGACAUCAGCGAAUCGUUGGUAGCGUCGCGAUCCAACCACUUCGUAAUUCUGAGUUUUGAUGGUUCUCUUGUAGGACCUGGGGAGACCCUGCGCCAAACGCCUCCGUUGGAGUGUCGCUGCGUGACCACAAAGGGUAUUGUUCUCUCAACCAUCCAGAUCGAGAAUUACUACUCAAAGUAA